AUGGCGCAGGCUGGUUCAUGGGGUCCUUGGGGAGCCACUGCACGUUGGAGUUUGGGUUUGGAUGCAGACAGCAGAGUGGUGCUGCUUUUCUUCCUCUGCAUCACGCAAGCAUCCCAGGCACACCAGAAGCCACCAUUAGAGGUGGUUGGGGCCGUUCACGGGGUGGCAUAUCUCAGUCCGAGCCUGCAAAGCAAAAUCUCCUACCACGAAGUCCAUUGGCGCCGCAAUAACAACUUGAAACUGGCCGGCCGGGACGGCAGCGGGGAGGUCUGGUACUGCAACAACAGCUACUGGGGGCGCCUGGAGCUCUUCUCCAACAACACCCUGAAGAUCAGCCGCCUGCAGAAGAGCGACAGCAGCGUGUACCAGCUGUACAUGGAGGAUGAGACGGGCAAGGGGCUCACUGAGAGCGUCCUCCUGACGGUGUACGAGCUGGUCCCAAAGCCCACUGUGAAUGCCAAAGUGAUCAGAGGUGACCUGGAGCAGUGCGAAGCAACCCUGGAGUGCUCAGUGGGGCUCGAAGCAGUGACCUAUGAGUGGAUCUCCCACUCCAAGAUCCAGAUGAAGCGUAUCAGUGCUUCUGAGCUGCACGUGCUCCUCAGCUCCUCACCAGAUACUUACACCUGCAAGGUCAGCAACCCCGUGUCCUCCAACAACGCCUCUCUGAUCUACACGCACCCGUGCUCCUGGACAGGUGAGUCUUCCAGUGCUGCCUCCUGCACCACCACCAUCGUGCUCGUGGCCCUGGCGCUCCACCUCCUCCUCCUCACUCUGCCUUAA